UAUGUUUCCAUUAAUUAUAUACGCGCCUUGGCUUGAAUUUAUUUUCUUAAUCCAAGAUGAAGGAGUACGAUGAGGUGGUAUUCGAGGAUCAGUUGAAACACUAUCGCGUUGUGGCAAAGCAAAUCGAUAAGACUCGGGAAUACUGUCAGAAAAAUUGGUCCUGGUUUCCAGAAGCCCAAAGGAAGUAUUACUCCCAAUAUGGUUUAUUAUAUGCCCAAAGCCGGGAAAAAUACGGAGAUAAAAUAUAUGGGCACUAUGCGAAAAGGAACCGCCUGCGUUCGGAGUUCCGUUCCGAAUCGAAGUCUGUGAUUGGUCAGGAAAACAGAGACACUGAAGUUUCCAUGGCUCACCUGGUGGGAUACAAGUAUCCUCAGACUACCAAUGGCGAAUACGGAAGUGUGCGUCCAUCCGAACUCUUUUUCUGUUACUAAAAUCUGUACGAGUUAGGGUUUUAUUGUUCAAUUCAAAUACAAAUUUAUAUUCUUUAUAACAGGAAGAAUUUAUAACUUUUUUGGAAUAUUGUAUAUGAUUUUGAAUA